AAGGUAUGUUUGGUGCAAAAAAGCAAAAAAAUCACCAAAAGAACACCAUACUUACGGUGCAGCAUGGUGGUGGCAGCAUCAUGCCAGAACUAGGGCUUUUAUCAAGGUGGUGGGAAAUACCAGUCAAUUUUAGUCCAAACCUGCUAGUAAGAUGAAGAAGGCAUUUCAUCUCAGCAUGACAAUAACCCAAAGCAUACAUCCAAAUCAACAAAGGAAUGCGUUAACCAAAAGAAGAUCAAUUUUAUGAAUACAACUAAAAAUCUGUGUCGUGACCUGAAGCAAACUGUGCACAGGAGAUGCCCUUAGAAUUUGAUGGAUCUAGAAUGUUUUUUGCACGAAAGAGUGGGAAAAUAUUGCCAAGUCAAAGAUGUGCCAUGCUGAUAGACUCUUCCCCAAAAAGAUUGAGUGAAAUCAAAAUCAAAAGGUGAUUCAACAAAAUAUAGUUUAGGGGUGUGCACAUGUAUGCAACUAGGUUAUUGUAACUUUUUAAAUUUUUCCUAUUUUUCUCUAAAAUGUUCGAUUGUUUUGCAUUUAAAUUUUGUACGUUGUAAUUUUAUGUUGAGGAUGGAAAAAGUUCUGACAUGAUUUAUCUUGGUUUCUUUUUUUUUUAACGUCACAAAAACCUGCCAUUUUAACACGGUUGUGUAGACUUUUUAUAUCGAUUGAAGCUAUAGGCUAUAGUGCUUAUACAAAGGAUCAAUCUUUAACUUGCACUUAAUACAAGAAGCAAGCAUAUGCAUGUCAGUAUGUGGAAAGUAUGAAAUUUAAACAACAUUAAGCAAUUUAACGCUGCUAUAAAUAUUAGCCUGUUAUACAGGUUUUCUCUCUUAUUGGUCCUUGCUUGCUGUGCGGGGAAGCUCAGUUUCCUCAUGCUUUUGGGAUGUUUCAUGUUUCACACAGGCUGAAACUUUCUGUCAUCUGUCACCCUCCUCAGCAUUCUUACCUUUCAGUGCACCUCAUAGCCGACACGCUGCAGUCCACACUAUGGACUUUCAUAUAAAUCGGUGGUAUUUAUUUAGUUUAAUCAGUUUUUGCACUCUCGUUGGACAAAAUGAAGGCAUCACAAGAACCUUCUUCAUCGGGAUAAGAGAAGAAAACUGGGAUUAUGCGCCAGGUGGUUAUAACCACAUCACUGGGAAACCAUUUACUCAGGAUGAACACGCAUCUCUGUUCCUGCUUCAAGGUCCCCAUCGGAUUGGCCAUGUGUAUAAGAAAGCCGUAUAUAGGCAGUACACAGAUGCGACAUACACACAGGAGAUCCUCAAACCCACUUGGCUGGGUUACCUGGGGCCUGUAAUUCGGGCUGAGGCUGAAGACGUCAUAGUGAUCCACCUGAAGAACUUUGCCUCCAGAAGAUAUUCAAUUCACCCACAUGGAGUCCACUACGAGAAGGACUCAGAGGGAGCCCUAUAUCCAGAUGGGACCUCUGGAGCAAAGAAGCAGGAUGAUAAUGUUCCUCCUGGUGGAAAUUAUACUUAUAGGUGGACAGUAAAGCCAGAGUUUGCUCCCACUCAGGGAGAUCCCAACUGUCUGACUUGGGCUUACCAUUCACAUGUGAUUGCCUUCAAAGACAUCUCUUCUGGACUUAUAGGAGCCCUGCUAACUUGCAAGAAAGGAAUCCUGCAGCCUGUUUCCGAAGUGAACUAUUCCCAGGUAUCAUCAGUGUUUACCAACUCUCAGGUACGAAGGACAGAUGUUGAUAAGGACUUCCUCCUAUUAUUCACCGUGGUGAAUGAAAACCUGAGCUGGUACCUAGAUGAAAACAUCCAAACAUUCUGUUUGGAUCCAGCUAAUGUCAUCCCCUCUGAUCCUGAUUUCAAACGCUCUAACCAGAUAAAUGCUAUUAAUGGAUAUGUGUAUGGGAACCUUCCUGGGAUUGAGAUGUGCCAGAACAAAAAAGUUUCAUGGCAUUUUAUUGGCAUGGGCAAUGAGGUGGACAUCCACUCGGCAUAUUUUCAUGGGCAGACGUUGCUGAUUCAAGGACAUCGUGUCGACAGUGUCAGCCUGUUUCCUGCCUCUUUCAUGACUGCAGAGAUGGAGCCCUUAACACUAGGAAGAUGGCUGCUGAACUGUCAGGUUAACAGCCAUAUGCAAGAUGGUAUGCAGGCACUGUUCAAUGUUUCACUGUGUGCUGGUGAGACAAACUCUCUCAUUCCUCUGAAUGGGACAGUGAGGAAGUACUUCAUUGCUGCUGAGCUGGUUCGAUGGAACUACGCCCCAUCAGGGAUAGACAGUCUGACUAACCUUUCACUAACUGAAAAUAAGAGGCAUUCAGAGUUGUAUUUUGGGAAAGGUAAUGGUCACCUCGGUGGAGAAUAUACAAAGGUGGUAUAUAGAGCAUACACUGAUGAAACAUUUGCAGAAAAGAGCAGCACGGAUGCACACCUGGGCAUACUAGGUCCUGUACUAAGAGCUGAGGUCGGGGAUACUUUACAGGUCACAUUUCUGAACAAAGCUGAUAGAAAUUACAGCGUCCAGCCCCAUGGCCUCCAGUACACAAAGUCAUCUGAGGGAGCUCAAUAUGAGGAUGAUACAGAAAAAAAUGGAUCUCACGUGAAGCCAGGGGAUUCCUUCAACUACACGUGGUAUGUGAGAGAGGGACCAUCUAAGACUGAUCAGGACUGCAUCUCUUACCUGUACUUCUCCUCAAGUGACCCCAUCAGAGACACCAACUCUGGCCUCUUUGGACCUCUGCUUGUGUGUAAGAGAGGUACACUGAGCACCAAUAAUACUCAGAAAAAUGUGGACAAAGAGUUCUUCCUGCUCUUCACUAUGAUGGAUGAAAACCUGAGCUGGUAUCUGAAGAAGAACAUUCAGACAUAUGGGACAAAUGAAUCAGACCCAGAGAAUGAGGGAUUUCAGGAGAGCAACAAAAUGCAUGCGGUGAAUGGCUACAUGUAUGGUAAUCUACCAGGACUGGAGAUGUGUGUGAGUGAACGGGUCAGAUGGCACGUCCUAGGACUUGGCACAGAUGUGGAUAUGCAUGGGAUUUACUUCCAGGGAAACACCUUCAGCAGAGACGGAAUCACCCGCGACACUCUCGCCGUGUUUCCACACACUGCUGUCAGGGUUUUCAUGCAACCAAAUACAACCGGGCUUUUUGAGGUGAGCUGCAAAGUGAGUGACCAUUACAUGGGAGGGAUGAGGCAGCAGUACAGAGUAAAGAAUUGUGGGCAGAACUUGUCUGCUCUUCCCUCUGCUCCCACAGCACACUACUACAUUUCUGCAGAAGAGCUAGAGUGGGACUACUCACCAAAUCGCACCUGGGAGCUCCAUCUCUUCAAUGUUACAGAGGAGAAUAGUCCAGGCAGUGUAUUUGUGGGGACUGGUGAGAACAGGCUUGGCUCCAAAUAUAAAAAAGUGGUUUAUAGAGAGUACACGGAUGCCACCUUCAGCACCAGGAAGCAGCGGCAGUCUUCAGAGAAACAUCUGGAAAUACUGGGUCCAAUCAUCAGGGCAGAGGUCGGUGAAGUUCUUCAUAUUACAUUUCUUAAUAAGGCUAGCCGUCCAUACUCUAUCCAGCCUCAUGGAGUGAAAACUUCACCUCAGAAUCCAAAACCUGUGUUGCCCGGAAACAUGAGUAUGUACCAGUGGAUUGUUCCAGAGAGUUCCGGCCCAGGAGUCGCUGAUCCAAACUGCAUCACAUUUGCUUACUACUCUACUGUGGACUUCAUUAAGGACACAGUCAGUGGGCUAAUUGGACCCCUGGUUAUCUGCAGGAAAGGGAUACUAAACCAAAGAAGACAAAGACUGGACGUGGAUAGAGAGUUCGCUCUUCUUUUCUUUAUCUUUGAUGAGAACAUGUCAUGGUACCUGGAGCAAAACAUCCAAACCUACUACAACAGCUCAAAACCUCCAAUCAGAAAUGACGACUUUGUAGAGAGUAAUAAAAUGCAUGCAAUUAAUGGCAAGGUGUAUGGAAACCUUCAGGGAGUGGAAAUGCGGCAAGGGGAGAAAGCAAACUGGUAUCUCCUUGGGCUGGGUAGUGAAGUGGAUCUGCACACAGUGCAUCUACAUGGCCAGACCUUCAUCUACAAGACAGACCUGCCCCACCGGGCCGAUGUGUUUGACCUGAUUCCAGGCACAUUUCAGACACUGGAGAUAGUGGCAGACACUGAGGGAACGUGGCUGCUGCACUGCCAUUUGGAUGACCACAUUCUUGCAGGCAUGGAGACCACCUACAUCAUCAAGAGAUCAGGUGCCAGUGCUGUGACUCAUCACCUGGGCGUAGUCACCAUCUUGGCCUUUAUCUCCACCCUUGGACUAAAGUGAUUUAGUAACUAACUAAAAUAUAGUUUAUAGAUACUUUAUAGAUACUUUAUAGGUUUUGUUAAAAAAAAACCAUACAUAUAUCUAUUAUGUUUUAGUGGUGCAUAAUAAAUGGAAGAUUAUCAACCAAAAUCUUAGUUAUACAGUCACUAACAGAAAUUCCAAAACCUUGAAGAAAAUUUUAUAAAUAUUUUCUUCAGUUAUGACACAUUUUUUCUUAAAAGUUUAGGCAAUGUUCACCAGCUACACACAAAUUUCAUACCUAAACUCUUUUGCAUUAAAAGCACAUUUAAUCCAACAGCACACUUAACCUUACUUUGUCAUUCAAUACACAUCAUUCCACUCAGCAUAAUUCAAGUCAAAUGAAAUAUAGUUCUCAUGGACUAAGCGCAAGCUUAAAUGUUAACACAUAUUUCUAAAGUAUUUCACACUGAAUACACAGAUAAAAAAAAAGUACUCAGGUGAGCUCUUUUGUAUGUUUGGUGACAUGAAGAGAGGCCAAAGAGAGAAGGAGAAGGUAGAAGAGGAGAGAAUGUGGCCAAGAAGAUGAAGAGGAACAACCAAAGAAAUAUAUGCAACUACCUAUGAGAGAACCCAGACAGACCAGACAUCUAAACCUCUGUUGUGUCUAAAUCACUUCAGUAAUCAGGAUGGAUGAAGAAGACUCUCCAUAUCUGUUUGCUUUUGCCAGACAGAGAUGCAUUUUAGUGAAUUGACUUUGAGUGUUUAGAUUUAUAUUUAGGGUUUAACUGUUUUAGCUGUUUAAUUAAAACAUGACCAUAGCCUUUAAAAGUCUAUAGCAUGACUUUUCUGUAUCUUACAGAGCCCUGCUGGUGAUAUCCCUUUUUUAGAAAAAUAAUGUGAGACCUGAUUAAUGCAAGGGAACUGGAUCCAACUGCAUAGCCAUAACUUAGUAAGGCGUCAUGGCUACCCUAUGCUUUACUAUGUGAUUAACUGGUUCUCUCAUGUUAUUAAGUCAAUCAUUAUCAGUUAACCAUCGCAUUCUAAUGACUUAGAGAUCUUAGAGCACAUAGGGUAAGAUAUGUGCUUGUUAUAAAUUAUGCCAUGUCUCACUGCAAGUGACUAUACACGUAUAGUUCAUUCAAAGAAGAAAAUAAAAAUAAAAUUCUCUUUACUCCAUUUGUGCAGAAAAGCUUAUAUUCUGUGUAGACCUUGAUGCCAAAUGAAUCUCUUUCCUUUCUCAAUCAUUAAUAGCAUUAAUAAAUUAUACAUAAAACAAAACAAAAGAACGGAAGUCACCAGAUGGGCUCUGUAGUAGUAGGGUGAAUUACCAUAUAUUGGGAAUUUUCACCAAGUCUAUGAUUUCUUGCCUUUAAUAAAACUAAAUUAUCUGACACGCAAUCCUUUUCUGAAGUCCUCAAAGUGUUGAUUAUCUAUAUGUGAAGGAAAAUGUUCUAUCAUCUUCAGAAGCAUCAGAAUCAGAAGCAUGGCUUACUGAGAAUAAUUUUUAAUGACAUGUUUAGUAAUGUGGGAUACAUAAUUUCACUGUGUAGACCAUUAUGUAUAUAGGUGUAGGUCUUUACUUUCAUCCUCAAUAAAAAAAUAAAUACUUUUAUAUAUGUUUAUAGAAUUUAAUGUAAUAUUUAUUCAUGGCAUCAAUGAAUGAAAGUUCAAAAACAAGAAAAGUCUUCAAAAGACCUUCAGCAUAUUCUAAUACUAAGACAAAUAAGUAAAUAUUACUACGUAUUAAGAUGUUGGUCUCAGUGACAUUUUAUAAUUAAUUUCUUAUAGCAAUAAAAAUAAUAAUAACAACAACAACAGCAACAGCAGCAGGUAAAAAACAAAUUGUUAAUA